AUGAAGCUGAUUGGUGAUUUGAAGAAGAAAUUAGCAAAGUCCUUUGAGAUGAAGGACUUGGGCCCUGCGAAACAAAUUUUGGGUAUGCAGAUCAUGCGAGACCGAAAAUCCAAGAGGUUAUGGUUAUCGCAAGAACGUUAUGUGAAUCGGAUUCUGGAGAGAUUCAACAUGAAAUCGGCUAAACCGGAAAGGUACGAUAUCCACUGUGAUAGUCAGAGCGCAUUGGAUUUGAGUAAGAAUGCGAUGUACCACUCUCGCACGAAGCACAUUGAUGUCAGAAAUCAUUGGCUACGUCAAGUAGUGGAAGAACAACAGUUCAAGUUGAAAAAGAUUCACACUGAUGAAAAUCCUGCUGACAUGAUGACAAAACUUGUAACAGGAGGAAAACUUCAGCUUUGUGCCGAGUUAAUCGGCAUGGAAUGCAUGUGA